AUGUCUGCUACAUCGUCAUCUUCAGUGACUGUUCUACGCAUUCUUUGUAUCCAUGGCUACAGACAAAAUGCACAAUCAUUUCGUGAGAAAACCGGGGCUUUCAGGAAGAUAACCAAGAACCAGGCUGAACUGGUUUUUUUAAGUGCUCCGAAUCUUGUACCUCCGCAUAAAACAGAAGAUGGGGAAAGUGAAACGGAAAAUCAUAAAGAUCUUGACGAGAGAGGCUGGUGGUUUUCCCGUGAAGAUGAUUACUUCAAAGCCCAAGAUAAAACAAAUUGUGCCAAAGGCUAUGAAAAAUCAUUAGAAGUUGUCAAGCAAACAUUUCUGGAAAAGGGUCCAUUUGAUGGUGUUUUGGGAUUUAGUCAAGGUGCUGCUCUUGUGUCUCUUCUUUGCAGCCUCCAACAACUGAACCCAGAUGGUGCCAUCAAAUUUGAUUUUGCAAUCCUGGUUGCAUCUUUUAAAAGCAAUUCUCAGCAGCAUCAGUAUUUGUAUGAGACAAAAGUUACUAUUCCAACUCUCCACGUCUUUGGGGAAACAGAUGGAGUCAUUCCCAAAGACAUGAGUGAGGAAUUAUUGCAACAUUAUGAAAACUACAGCACUUUGCAGCAUCCAGGUGGGCAUUUCCUGCCUUCGUCAAGUCCACAAAAGAAAAUCUACAUCCAAUUCCUGGAACAGCAAAUUGAAAACAAGAAGAAAAAAAAAAAUCGUUUGUCAGAUUAA